CGUACAUACACAUACAGCAGACUCCUCCUGUCGAUUGGGUGGAACCCAGGAGAGUGAAUUGGUGGAACUAGUGGAACACUCACUGGCCGACUGGCUCGAUCCGCUGUCUUGAAUCACAUGACUAGACUCUGACUUUCCUGGGGAACCAGUGAGAGUGAAUAAGGACCACCCUUAACAUAAUCAUCCUAGUGAACCUGAGGGUGGGCCAUUGUUUCCAUCCUCAUCAUCAUUCAGGAUGGACCCGUACGCGAUCAGUCCGGUGGAGCGAACUCGGCACAUGGAUCAAUUUGCGUCCCUGGCUCCCCCGGGCGGUAUGAUUGCCGGGGUCCAGGCCAAAAACUACUUUAUGCAAUCCGGUCUGCCGCCCAUGGUGUUGGCUCAAAUUUGGGCUCUGGCGGAUAUGAAUGCCGACGGUCAAAUGGACCUAAACGAGUUUUCCAUCGCCUGCAAAUUGAUAACCAUGAAGCUCCAAGGCUAUGAGAUCCCUUCGACCCUGCCCGGCGGAGGCCUGCCACCCAAUCCCUAUGGCGGCAUAAGCCAUGGCGGAAUGAUGCCGGCCUACAGCAUGGCCACCACAAUGCCCAUGGGCCUGCCUAUGUCGACGGGAGCGCCCAUGGGGUCAGUGCCCUAUUCCACGACCAUGGGCGGUAUGCCGGGUCAAAUGCCAGGCAUGAGCAUGGCCUCGGCCUACCCUGGGACGGUCAAUACCGUGACCCCAGCCUUAUCCAGUGCCCCUGUGCCGGUUGUCCUACCCAUGUCUUCGACGGGUUCAAGUGGUACGCCAGCCUCGACCCCCGGCGGAGCUGUGCCUUGGAAUAUCCCCGAAGGCACGCGGAGCAAGUACAGUAACAUCUUUUUCCAAAUGGAUAAGUCUCGCAUUGGGUUCCUCAGUGGCCUUCAAGCCCGGAAUACCUUACUUCUAACGGGCCUCCCGCAACCGACCUUGGCUCAAAUCUGGUCUUUGUCGGAUAUUGAUGGCAAUGGUAAAUUGAGUUGCGAUGAAUUCAUCGUUAGUGGCUAUCUUUGCGAUUUGGCCUCCAAAGGCGAACCUUUGCCGGCCAAGCUUCCGCCGGAUGUCGUGCCUCCCUCAUUCCGACCCGCUGGUGCCCCAGUCCCAGCCAGCAUGGCGCCGGGUGUGGCCGGCAGCACGGUGAGCACGCCCGGAAGUUCGCGGGCUGAUUCCGUGGUCUCGCCUACCACCUUUGAGGAUAAAAGGCGGGAGAACUUUAAUAAAGGCCAGGCUGAGUUGGAUAAGAGGCGCCAGAGUUUGAUUGAUCAGCAGAAACGCGAAGAGGAGGCACGGCAGAAGAAAGCGGCUGAAGAAGCUGCGGCCAAGGAGAAGCAGAGACAAGAGUUGGAGAAGCAAAGGAUCUUGGAAUGGGAGGAAAAUCGGAAGAAGGAGCUCAAUAGCCAUCGACAAGGGGAGCAAGAGAAAUUGAUUCAGUUUAAAGCCAAGCAAACCAAUAUGAAAAAUGAGCUGGACAAGUCCCGGGACAAGAUCAAGAAUUUGACCGAAGAAAUUGCGAACUGUCGGACGGGCGUGUCUGAAGUCAAAGCCUUUAUUGACACUAUGCGCUCAUCUCGCGAUGAGAAGAUGAAUAACAUGAACGGUCUUAAGCAGAAGCUCAAGGACCAGAACGAGCGUUUGCUGAAAGUGACCCAAGAAAAAGCCCAAAUGGAGGCCAAAAAGGCCGCCUUGUCCAAUGAGGACAAUAGCCCACAGAUCACCGAAUUCGAGUUCAAGCGAAACGAGAAGAAGAAAAAGGUGGAGGAGACUCAGAAGGUCUUGGAGGAGCUCAAAGAAAAGUUUGAGACGGUCAAAUCGGAGAAGGAGUCCAAGAAAGAAGCUCUUGAGGAGCAUAAGGAGUCCUUAGUUCAGAUUAUUGAGGCUUGCAAAUCUCUGUAUGCGUCUUUCGAUGAGAAACGCCGCGAGAUUAAGGCCGAGAAAUCCAAGCGCAUGCGUGAACUCACCGAUCCCGAUCAUGCGUGGGGCAACGAGAACGAGGAGGUCAUUGAAGUGGUUUCCGCCCCCACAGAUGGCCUUGAUGAUAACACCGUAGAAGUCUACGCUCUGUACGAGUUUCAGCCCACCAACGACGAUGAAUUGGCUUUUAAUGCGGGCGACAAGAUCAUAGUACAUAAGAAUUUAGACCCUGAACCUGGCUGGUUGGGCGGCGAAGCCCAUGGUAAGACGGGUUGGUUUCCGGAGUCUUACAUCACCUACAAUCCGGCUGACCUAGAGGCCUUGGCCAUGGCCCCGGAUCCCAGUGAGGCUCCUGUGGCUAAAUCCAUUAUGGAUUGGGCUGGCGAUGAUGACCCUUCGUUUUCGGUCCCGAAAGAUGCGGAGUUGAUCGUUUUCGGGCGCCCUACCGAGGAAUGGUGCUUUGGCAAGCUAAAAGAGACCAAUGCCGUUGGGUUCUUUCCAAGUGCCAUUUUGAAUCUCAAUCCGGACGAGGAAGUGAAUGCCGAAGAUGUUGUUUUACCCAGUGAGCCUCUGUUGAAUGAAAUGGUCGUAGCAUUGCACCCUUAUCAUUCGAUUGAGCCCGGGGAUCUCAUUUUUGAUGAAGGUCAAAAGCUUCGGGUUGUCGUCAAGAACUCUGAAUGGUGGACCGGUCAGUUUGGCGAAAAACUGGGAGUGUUUCCUUCCAACUAUGUUGCUCCUGAGGACGAAGUUCCAGCCGUCGAUAGUGGCGUCGGAACGGCUGAGGCUCAGGUCGAUAAUGGCAAUCCCGACGUGGCCAAACCCGUGGAAGAACCUGCCGUGGUGAAAGUCAAAUCCAAAAAGAACAAGGAAGAGAAAAAGAUGGAGUUGGCCAAAGUCGUUGCUCCAUAUGAAGGCACCAGCGCUGAGCAACUUUCCUUGGCCGCAGGACAGAUGAUACUUAUUCGGAAGAAAGCUGACACUGGCUGGUGGCAAGGCGAAAUUCCAGGCGGCGGUAAGGGUAAAAAGCGACAAAUUGGUUGGUUUCCUGCCACCUAUGUCAAGAUUUUGGACGCCAAGGAAGCCAAUGGGGCUAGUAAAGGCCUAGGUUCGGUCGAGGCUCUCUUUGAUUACGAGGGAGCUCGAGAGGACGAGUUAAGCUUCAAGCAAGGCGAUAUCAUCGAAAUGGUCGCCAAAGAAGAUGGAGGUUGGUGGAAAGGUCGUUUGAAUGGACAGGAGGGCCUCUUCCCAACCAACUUUGUUAAAGAGUGUUAAGUGCAUUGUUAGAUUUGAUUGUCUGUUCUCUCCUAUUAUCUCGCUAUCCUUGUGAUCCAAUCUACCGGGACACGUUCCAGAAAUACAAAAUUGUAUGACCCCGUUUAUAUUUUAA